AUGGCGAGGGUUACGGUUCUCGUGGUUCUCAUGAUGCAGGCGCUUGCAGAGCAGAGCUGUCAAGAGGAGUCCCAGGAAGAAAGCUCCACUCUGAUGCAGCUCAAUCACCGAGAGAUGACGGGUGAUGAGCUCAAUGAGUUGAACGAGGGUCUUCCAUGGUGGGUCAAGAAGAAGAUCAUUGACUCACGUCGACAGAGUCACCCACCAGCUCCUCCUCCCCCCCCGGCACCUCCACGCUAUCCUUGCUCCACCUCAGAGCCGCAGUCGCCACGCAACGUGAGUAAAGAUUUCGUGGGAUUGUUGCCUCCGAAAGUGCAGCCCGUCGGUUUGUACGAUGAGUUCCCCAAUCUGAUCCACGUGAACACGCACUUUCACUUGGGUGGUGAACACCAAAACGUGGAUGAGGGGGGCUAUUCCCUCAACUAUACCGAUGCCGGGCUUGCAGGGAAUAUCGUUCCGAAUGACAUCCGCCCAGGAUAUUUUUGCGCUCCAGUGAGCCAGGAACCAGAAAUGGGUGACAACUGGACCUUGGCUGAUUACAACUGGACAUCUUGCAAAAAUGUGAAGAUGGGCUACACCUAUGAGUUUCACUGGGUCCAUUCCACGGCCGGGCCCAUUGAUGGGGUUUUGUCGGGCGGCUUGGGUGGUGUCUUCAAUCGAUCCAUAAAUCCAACGGCCUUUGUGCGAGGACAGAUCUGUCGCAUCGUGAACUGGCCAGAACAAGAAUACAAGAUGUUCAACACGACCUGGCGUGAACCAGUCAGAGACUCAGUGGUGUACAUUGGCUCCACCACCGGUACGUCCUACGACAACUACAAAUGUUCUCCAGCCGAAGUGACAUGGCACGUGGAUCGAGAGUGCUGCAUUCUGUCGGCGCAGAACAUGGACCGUAUGUGCGCAGACUUGUUGGAGUAUGGCCGGAACAUGGAGGGUGAUGUGCAACCCGCACCAUCUCGUCUUCUUGUUGCACCCUUUAUCUCGGCGCUUGCAGAGCAGAGCUGUCAAGAGGAGUCCCAGGAGGAAAGCUCCACUCUGAUGCAGCUCAAUCACCGAGAGAUGACGGGUGAUGAGCUCAAUGAGUUGAACGAGGGUCUUCCAUGGUGGGUCAAGAAGAAGAUCAUUGACUCACGUCGACAGAGUCACCCACCAGCUCCUCCUCCCCCCCCGGCACCUCCACGCUAUCCUUGCUCCACCUCAGAGCCGCAGUCGCCACGCAACGUGAGUAAAGAUUUCGUGGGAUUGUUGCCUCCGAAAGUGCAGCCCGUCGGUUUGUACGAUGAGUUCCCCAAUCUGAUCCACGUGAACACGCACUUUCACUUGGGUGGUGAACACCAAAACGUGGAUGAGGGGGGCUAUUCCCUCAACUAUACCGAACCAGAAAUGGGUGACAACUGGACCUUGGCUGAUUACAACUGGACAUCUUGCAAAAAUGUGAAGAUGGGCUACACCUAUGAGUUUCACUGGGUCCAUUCCACGGCCGGGCCCAUUGAUGGGGUUUUGUCGGGCGGCUUGGGUGGUGUCUUCAAUCGAUCCAUAAAUCCAACGGCCUUUGUGCGAGGACAGAUCUGUCGCAUCGUGAACUGGCCAGAACAAGAAUACAAAAUGUUCAACACGACCUGGCGUGAACCAGUCAGAGACUCAGUGGUGUACAUUGGCUCCACCACCGGUACGUCCUACGACAACUACAAAUGUUCUCCAGCCGAAGUGACAUGGCACGUGGAUCGAGAGUGCUGCAUUCUGUCGGCGCAGAACAUGGACCGUAUGUGCGCAGACUUGUUGGAGUAUGGCCGAAACAUGGAGGGUGAUGUGCAACCCGCACCAUCUCGUCUUCUUGUUGCACCCUUUAUCUCGGACACCAACGCCUCGUUCAUUGCCAACUACACCUCGACAUGGCUGAACUGCAUUGUGUUGAGACAUGUUGAGACUGCUGUGACCGCAGCUUUGAAUGACGCCAUUUUGCUUCUGGCGAGAUGCAUUGCGUCGGCUAGUGGCUCAGCAGCUCAGCAGGCGCUUGCAGAGCAGAGCUGUCAAGAGGAGUCCCAGGAGGAAAGCUCCACUCUGAUGCAGCUCAAUCACCGAGAGAUGACGGGUGAUGAGCUCAAUGAGUUGAACGAGGGUCUUCCAUGGUGGGUCAAGAAGAAGAUCAUUGACUCACGUCGACAGAGUCACCCACCAGCUCCUCCUCCCCCCCCGGCACCUCCACGCUAUCCUUGCUCCAUCGCAGAGCCGCAGUCGCCACGCAACGUGAGUAAAGAUUUCGUGGGAUUGUUGCCUCCGAAAGUGCAGCCCGUCGGUUUGUACGAUGAGUUCCCCAGUCUGAUCCACGUGAACACGCACUUUCACUUGGGUGGUGAACACCAAAACGUGGAUGAGGGGGGCUAUUCCCUCAACUAUACCGAACCAGAAAUGGGUGACAACUGGACCUUGGCUGAUUACAACUGGACAUCUUGCAAAAAUGUGAAGAUGGGCUACACCUAUGAGUUUCACUGGGUCCAUUCCACGGCCGGGCCCAUUGAUGGGGUUUUGUCGGGCGGCUUGGGUGGUGUCUUCAAUCGAUCCAUAAAUCCAACGGCCUUUGUGCGAGGACAGAUCUGUCGCAUCGUGAACUGGCCAGAACAAGAAUACAAAAUGUUCAACACGACCUGGCGUGAACCAGUCAGAGACUCAGUGGUGUACAUUGGCUCCACCACCGGUACGUCCUACGACAACUACAAAUGUUCUCCAGCCGAAGUGACAUGGCACGUGGAUCGAGAGUGCUGCAUUCUGUCGGCGCAGAACAUGGACCGUAUGUGCGCAGACUUGUUGGAGUAUGGCCGAAACAUGGAGGGUGAUGUGCAACCCGCACCAUCUCGUCUUCUUGUUGCACCCUUUAUCUCGGACACCAACGCCUCGUUCAUUGCCAACUACACCUCGACAUGA